CAUAUAACUGGCUAGCCAAGCACAUGAUCGAGCGAAAGUAGGCCUAUAUAAACACACAACUGAGUCACUACAAUAAUAACAACACAAAGAAAGGAAGACGAACUGCACGUACGCAAGCGUAGCUGACUAGCGUCUUUGCUCUACUCUACUGUACUGUACGCCAUGGCGAUGAAGAAGACGAGCACCCUGUGCUGCAGCUUCGUGGCCGCCCUCGUGGUGGUCAUGGCUGCCACCCUCCUCCUCUCCUCAUGCGAUGCCCACAAAGAGAUGGAUGAUCUUGCUGCUUCUUUUGUGCCGGCGUCGUGCUACUCCAACUACUUCCCGCACUGCACCGAUCACCGGUGCAAGAAGUUCUGCGGCGGCGUGCGGGCGCCGCCGGUGCCCGGAGCCUUCUGUAACGACAGAAGCAACUGCUGCUGCCCCGUUAGUUGAGCUCCGUAGAAACGACUCAAGAUGCCUAUAAGCAUAAAUAAUUUUGAUGCUAAGAAAUAUAUUUGGGGAUGCUUUCAUGGAACGUUGGACAGGCUCAGCAAGACGUUUUCUAAUCUUCUGUAAACCGGCUUAGAGUAAAUUGUUUGUCUUCGGCAAAAAAUGUGAUUUAUCUCUACUCCUAAUCUCUAUUUUUAAUGGAGCAGUUGGUAGGAUUGCGUCCAGCUUUUUUUUCGUCCCA